UCGCCUUAGCGUCCCAUUUGGAUAAAUAUCUUAAAUUUCAAAUUUUCCGCGAAUAUCAAUGAAGUAAAGUUAGCAACUAGAGAUUACGUCAUUUCGAUCCCAGGCGCAUGCAGCGUCAUCUGCGUGAAACAACACGGUUGUCGGUUGGAACUAAAUCUGUUUCAACUGCAGGAAGGGAAGAAUGGAUUGGCAAAGCUGGUAACAGACAGAUCACGAUUCGAUCGUGCACGGUUGAGUGUCGAAAAAAGCGGGAGGGAAAGUGAGAGGUUCGCGUGUUAUUCAAUUUCGUGGUGUGUGUGUCAAUCGUAAUUUCGUUUUCGGCAGCUUACGUCUACGGAGAGAAAACUACUGUUCGUAAAAUGCGAUAUGGAGUCAUUCCUUGAAUUGUUUGAUCCAGAUAAUGGGAAGGAAAUACGAAAGAAUGCUUGGAAUGACUCACAGAAUGAAGGAAAUGGAAUGUCUGAUUGUGAGAAUUCAAGUGUUGAUGACGAACAAGAAGAGAGGCUGCCACCAGAACCGGAGCAAGGCAAUAUUGAGUACAAACUGAAGUUAAUAAAUCCAUCUAGUCAACGGUUCGAACACCUUGUAACACAAAUGAAAUGGCGUUUAAGAGAAGGCCAUGGGGAGGCUAUUUACCAAAUUGGUGUGGAAGAUAACGGGAAAUUAACAGGCUUGACUAGGGAAGAUAUGAAAGCAUCGCUGAAAACUCUGAACGAUAUGGCAGCAAGAUUAGGCGCUACAACAAGUAUACUGCGUGAAAGAAUUGCUAACUCUAAAAAUAAAGAUAUGUCCGAACACAGAAAAGAGGAGAGGCGGGUGGCAGAAGUUUUGGUGAAAAAGUUGAGGAAAGGAGACAGGGAGGAUCAGGAUAUUGUCGACCUGAGACUUGCAGUCACCGGUGCGCAGGAUGCGGGAAAGUCUACUCUCUUAGGCGUAUUAACCCAGGGUGAACUAGAUAAUGGCAGAGGGAGGGCAAGAUUGAAUAUGUUGCGACACCUUCACGAAAUCAAGACUGGUCGUACGUCAUCUAUAUCGCACGAAAUCAUAGGUUUCGAUGGCGAGGGACACGUGCUGAAUUACGCGGAAAUGGCAACUGCUGAAGAGAUAUGCGAGCACGCGUCCAAAGUCGUUACAUUCAUAGAUUUGGCUGGACAUCGGAAAUACUUGAGGACUACGGUACUGGGUCUCACAGGGUAUUCACCUCACCAUGUGAUGUUGGUCGUAACACCGCCUAUGAACGACGCAUCACAGGAACAUAUGGCGCUGUGUUUAACUCUAGGACUUCCAUUUUUUAUAGUUGUGAACAAAAUCGAUCUCGGUUUUUAUAAUACGCCCGACACGAUAAAUCAGUUGGAAAAAGCGAUUAACGCGCAGGGAUAUUCUAAACAACUAGUGAUGUACAAUGAUGGAUUAUCAUGGGAUUACGAGUCAGACAUAAUACCAGUUUUCAACGUGAGUUGCGUUACCGGAGAGGGAUUGGAGGAUUUGACGAAUUUCAUUAAGAAUUUAUCACCACACGAUGUGAAUUCUACAGAUGCAGAUACCGAAUCUUGCCUAUUUCAAAUUGAUGAAACCUUCAGGGUGGCAGGUUUAAACGAACCUGUUUUGGGAGGAUUGCUAGUGAAAGGAGCAAUCGCUCCUGGAACUCGUUUGCUCGUGGGCCCUUUACCAGACGGCGAGUUCAGUCCCGUCAAGGUUGUCAGCCUCCAUCGAAACAAGGCUCCGUGCUGUCUAGUGAGAGCUUCCCAGAGUGCUAGUCUAACUUUGGCUCCGCCAACGAAUCGAAGUCCUCCUUUACCUCAUUUACGACCUGGCAUGGUGUUAGUGUCUGUGUGGGACCAACCGCAUGCGACACUUUUUUUCCAAGCGACUGUGUUAAUAGUAUAUCACGCGACAGCAAUAUAUUCUGGUUUUCAAACGACCGUGCACGUAGGUAACGUAAGGCAGACGUGCAUUAUUAAAGGGAUAAUGGAUGCGAAAGAUAGAGGUUUACAAACUAAUGACACGGCGUCGGUCUUGUUCAGAUUCGUUAAUCAUCCGGAAUAUCUGCAUGUCGGCAUGCGCUUAUUGUUGAGAGAAGGCCGGACUAAGGGAAUCGGUAAAAUAACACAGAUAUUUCCGUUGAUAGGUCAGCAGACGAAUGUGCAGUAAAACGAAUAAAGAUUUGCGUGUAAAAA